GCAGUUCUUCCACUCAAGACAAUAAUAUAAAUUCACCACUCAGACAGAAGGAUGUGGAAGACAUCAGAGAUGGAGCUCAAAAACAAUGCGUCGAAAUACCUGGUUGUGUGCUGUGUGUCUAUGCUGCUGGGCCUGACAAUGGCCAAAGGGGAGGUAGGGGAGAAGGAGAGGUGUGAGGACACACUGACCAUUCCUUCAGACUACUACAAGACUCCAGAGGAAUCAGAGGGAAACGGGAACAUCAACACACGCUCCCUGUCCCCCUGGACCUGGAAACCCAUUACAGUGAAGAACCGUAUUCCUCCGACCAUUUGGGAGGCCAAGUGCAGCUCUAUGUACUGUAUCUACCCCACCAACAGCAGCCAGGCCGUGGGCUACCAGCAGAACUCUGUAACUAUCUACCAGCAGGUCAUGGUGCUCCAUAUCUCAGCCACUAGGAAGUGCUACAACGUUGCCUUCCUGUCCGUGGCCGUGGGGUGCACCUGUGCCUGGGCAAGAACCUCUUGAUGUUGUCUGCAGAACAGUAUAUCUAUGGUCUUUCUUUGUUUGGCUAUUAAUUUAAUUCAAUCAAAAUGUUAUUCAAUGUAUUUUCAUUUAAAGCUUCCAAGGAAGUCCAAUAUUUGUUGAUCCCACAAAGCCAGAAGAAUUGACUGUGAAUAAUUGAGUAGAAUUCAAGAAAAACAUAUUUAUAAAUGUUUUCCACUUGAGCAAUAAAAGCAUUUUAAAACCC